UGCAAGCCCUGGACGGAUACUUCAAUCUCACCAUGUCCUACCGCAGCGACUCUGACAUCUUCACGCCCUACGGCUGGCUGGAACCGUGGUCCGGCCAACCUGCCCACCCACCGCUCAACCUCUCGGCCAAGACCGAGCUGGUGGCCUGGGCGGUGUCCAACUGGAAGCCGGACUCGGCCAGGGUGCGCUACUACCAGAGCCUGCAGGCCCAUCUCAAGGUGGAUGUGUACGGGAAAUCCCACAAGCCCCUGCCCAGGGGGACCAUGAUGGAGACGCUGUCCAGGUACAAGUUCUACCUGGCCUUCGAGAACUCCUUGCACCCUGACUACAUCACCGAGAAGCUGUGGAAGAACGCCCUGGAGGCCUGGGCCGUGCCCGUGGUGCUGGGGCCCAGCAGAAGCAACUAUGAGAGGUUCCUGCCACCCGAUGCCUUCAUCCACGUGGACGACUUCCAGAGCCCCAAGGACCUGGCCCGAUACCUGCAGGAGCUGGACAAGGACCACGCCCGCUACCUGAGGUACUUUCGCUGGCGGGAGACACUGCGGCCUCGCUUCUCCAGCUGGGCACUGGAUUUCUGCAAGGCCUGCUGGAAACUGCAGGAGGAAUCCAGGUGGGGCCUCAUCUACCUAAGGACUCGCUUGCCUGAAGCUUCACCUGCCUGGGGAUUCACCUACCUGGGUCCUCCCUUUCCUGGGACCUCACCUGCUGGAGUCUUUGGUGGCCAGGCAUGUCACUUACCUGGGAUUUCACAUGCUGGCUUCCAGGAGCGUCCCCUGCAGAAGCCUGGCCUGCUGGGGACCUCAUCUCCUGGGGACUUUGCCUACUGGGGACCUCGGCUGUUGGGGACUUUACCUGCUGGGACCUGCUCCCAGAGACCUUGCCACACUGAAUGUCACCUGCUAGGAGCCUCGCCUCCUGGGGACCUCACCCUGGAGGGCACUGGGCCCUGGGAACUGGCGCCCUUGGGGCCCCUCCCAUGA